AGGGGCUUCAGUUGGCUCUUGCCAUCCGUACAGGGUGGAUGUAUUACCGUUCCUCUCUCCCGGAGAGCCUACAGAGCGCGCUCGCUUGACUAAGACGGUCGUGUUCUCAGACUAGUACCACGGAAAACUGAGGCAUUGUCUUGACACUUUACCGCUGUCCGCGUCCAAACACUAGACAUGUUUCUUAUGCAGGCGACAACACUGCAGCCCAGCAGCACUAACUAGAAACACUUCGUGGCAGCAGGUGGCGGACAUGACUUACUGCAGGAACGUGUGUUGGCGGUCUAGUUUUUAAGGAGGCAGUGAAAGGCGAGCACGAGUCUUACCUACCUGAGCUGCUCCAAGUCACACCAAAAUUCGUUCUUUUUCUCCCCACCGGACUGGGUAUCGGACCUUCAGGAAUCGAUAUAAGUGGUCGCAGGUUUUGGCCGCAGCGUCGGCAGUCCAGUUUUCCUUCAGGCAGAAGUGACCAACGAUUCUUCCUUCACUGCCCUGCAACUUUACUCGAGAGAGAGAGAGAGAGAGAGAGAGAGAGAGAGAGAGAGAGAGAGAGAGAGAGAGAGAGAGAGAGAGAGAGAGAGAGAGAGAGAGAGAGAGAGAGAGAGAGAGAGAGAGAGAGAGAGAGAGAGAGAGAGAGAGAGAGAGAGAGAAUAGCUCGACAUACCUCCCUUAUAAGACAGGAGGAACAGUGAAGGCAGAUGAGUCUCGUGGAAGUGUAAUACGUUCACUAUGUGCUAACUAAAAGAAGUUCCAAUGUUCAUAAUAGAAAAACAAGACUUGAGGCUCGAAGUGUAGUGACUAUAGUAUAGGACUAAAGUGGAAAAAGAAGUGACAAUUCGUGUAAAAAGAUCGAAAAAACAAAGAUUCUGUAAAGGUGCUUUCGAAAUGACUAAGUGUGAUCAAAGACUGUACUGAUGGGAGCGAAGUGAAAACUGAACCGGAGUGUGGAAAAUGUGAAAGUGGACCUGUGAAAUAAACAAAUACAUGAGUGUGUCGCCCCUUUGUAUCGCGUAGCUUUCUUUGCCAUCAGCGCCCAUUGAGGGAAAGAAAACCCAACCUCCUCACACCAUUGUACGUUUGGAAGUAAAAGAUGUGCAAGUAAUGAAUUGUUGAAUGGAGAGGUGAAAAAAGAUGCCGCGUCGCUCUCACAGCCAUUCAAACAUGUAACUAUACAAUGCUUCACGUAGCCACAAUGAACUUUUAACCUUUCUCUUGCCCCAUAGCUCUCAGUCGUAACUUAAAUAACGUAUAACUUUAGAAAUCGUCCGCUAUUGUUAAUAAGACUUACAACCGCAAACUUAGCACAGAACACCAGACCAAAUAUGUAGAAGACCUUGACAUAACAUUGCAAAGUUAUGGAAAGAUAGACAUCGAGUGGGCGACAGAGAUUGACGUGGCAGAGACAGUGCAACCAGAGCGAUGAGUAGGACUGAUACUUGCCACUACCAUCACCACCACUGCCCCCAUAGCGGCUUGAGGUAACGAGAUCCAAGGUGCCGCUGAGUACUCACAGGAGACCAGGUGCGAGGCUGAUAACAUGCCGCUACUGUGCUCCGUGGUGGUGCCGGGAACUGCCACCCCUUGAGGACAAAGUGUUUCCUCAGGCAGUGGUGGCGCGGGGAGGGAAGGGCCAGGAGGAGGCGGCCAGGCAAAAUGUCAACCAAGAUGUCAAGAGGCUUCCCAGAGGCUGGAGACGGGAGAGCAGGGAGGAUCAUAUACUUCCUGCUGGCGUCACUUCUGCUCCUUACAGGGCAGCUUGGCUUGUGCUUGAGCGCUGGGGAACAUGGACGACGAGCUGUAAAGUCUCGAGGGGCUAAAGGCAGCGGCAGCAAGUAUCUCACUCUGGAGGGGGUUGCGGUGCCUGUGUAUAAGUUCAGAGGUGAGGACGCCCAGCUGGAGUGUCGCUAUGAACGAGGUACUGACCCACUCUACUCCGUUAAGUGGUAUAAGGAUGACAACGAAUUCUACAGAUACGUGUUUGGAAGAAGCAAACCCAAGCAGACGUUCAUGAUACCUGGAGUCACUGUGGACGUGCACCGGUCCAACACGAGGCGCGUCCUGCUUAAGAGCCUCACCUUCAACUCCACGGGGGUGUACAAGUGCGAGGUGUCCGCUGACUCGCCCCACUUUCACACCUACGAGAAGAGCGGCAGUAUGGUGGUCGUGGAGUUGCCGCAACAAGGGCCCGUGAUCCAGGGCAUGAAGAGCCACUACCGAGUUGGGGACACCGCGAGGCUCAAUUGCACCUCAGCCAAGAGCAAACCAGCGGCGGAGCUUGCAUGGUAUAUCAACGAAGAGAAGGUAUAUCAAAACAGUACGAAGGCGGUUUCCGAAAUGCUGGUGGAGUACUACCCUUGGGUACACAGCGACGGUCUAGAGAGCAGGAGACUGGGUUUGUCCUUCACGGUGGACAAGAGUCACUUCAUAAUGGGCAAUCUCGUACUCAAGUGUAAGGCCACCGUGGCCACCGUCACCAGGGAGGAGGACGCAACUAUCUCUGAGGGCGAGCAAGUCAUCCUCGAGCAGAGGGAAAAACUGGUGUAUGUCCGCAGCAGCGCCAGCACAGCGUUGCCAGUCUCCCUCGGGUUGCUGCUCAACCUGGCGGCGAUGGCGGUGGUGGCUGGAGGUCGGCCGGUCACGUGACUCCUCAGAGUGGUCCUCCUGGAGCCUCGCACGUGCAGGCGUCGCCACUCGUUAAGGAACGCCACUAGCUCUAGGUGUUAAGCGGCCCCGUGUUAAUGCAGUGCUACAUGAGUCCCCGUUAGUAUUUCCCUCACUGUGUCGAUCUGGCCACCCUGUUAAGCAUUAAGAGAUAUAUAGCAGAAGCAUGUAUAUAAGACUGUGUAGAAAAUAAAACCGUAUUUCAUGAACUUUGUAGCUCUACGGACAGUUGGCAAGAGCCUCGACAAGUACCCAGCAGGUCCCGCCAUCCCCGCCCUCUUCCCUGCGGUGUGGGCGGGAUGCUGGUGGUGGCACUGAGGUGUUAGUUGGCAUGCCUGGACUUUCUCGUGUGUGUGUGUGUGUGUGUGUGUGUGUGUGUGUGUGUGUGUGUGUGUGUGUGUGUGUGUGUGUGUGUGUGUGUGUGUGUGUGUGUGUGUGUGUGUGUGUGAGUGAGAGCGAUGCAAAGUUAAGUGUCCUGUGAUAAAGUGUCUAUAUGAAUUAUCUCUCCAAGCUUCUGUCAGUCUGCUCGUCUUGCCCUUGUUACAGUCUUCGCCAGAGGUAGUGUACCAAUGUCCGACCCAACAUGACCGUUGACACACAACUGACUUGCUCUCCUUGCUUUCUUCACUCCAUGACUUCACUUCUCAAAUACAAGACGAAUGAUUUAUAUGAAGUUACACGCCUAAGACUAAAUUAUUCUUCUUAGACCAGAAUUCAGAACAUUAGAAUACGUUAUCUGAUAAUCUCUAGAUGGAUCACGUUAUGUAAAGAUGUAACAGAUAUUGGGUUGGCGUUUGCUAUGACAUGGGCAAUAUUUCAAGGAUGACACACCCUAAUUCAAUUCACGUUAGGACGAUUACGAUCAGAAAAAUUGCUUUAUGAAGACAGAACACAAGAACGUCAAAUUUAAUUAUAAGUCAUUUCAAUAUAUUGACCCUAAGGCAUGAAAUUUAUCACGAACAACUGAAUUUCUAGUGACAAAUGUAUAAUGACUUAAUAUUCAAGCCAUUCAUUCAUCAGCUCUGAAAAUUCUGAAAGGCAACGUGCGCUGAGAUGAGAUUUUGGAGUGUUCCCAAUAGUCCGUACUGGCGCGGAAAGAUAACACAUAUAUUAAUCACACCACCGUAACAUUUUAAAGUCUGAGUCACUAUUCACUACUGCAUUUGACUGAAUGUCCAUAAAAUGUAUAUAUUUCCCAAGUAUACUGUAUUUCAUAAACUAAGAGAGAUGACUGUCCUAAAAAAAGAAAGUCUGAAAUAUACGCAGAUCUUGACGUGGGUGUGUCCUCGCAACAUUGCCUCCCUUAAUCACUAGAAAAAAAAGGAAAAGAAAAUGAAUAACGAGUACACAUCUGAAUCCCUCGGUACACACACGUCAUUCAGUGUUGAACAAGGAGACCACGUGUUGUAAUUUACCCGCGGUCGCUGUUGAUUCAUUGUGUGUCUGGCGGGGAAAAUAUAAACCCUUUCGCCUGAGAUUUAAGAAGUACAGACACGGAGCGGGGAGCAAAGCAUCGCGGGGAGUUUGACGUACUGCAGCCAAGCACGAACACUGAUGUGCAUGGCGGUGAUGCCGUACACGAGUGCUCACGUGCAUGGAGACCGCUUCACGAACAUACACUCAGACAAUACAGUGAUGCGAUGACCAGCAUUACCGUACAUACAUACUCGUACACGAAAAGAUGGAUAGCGUACACGAACUCUCGUAUACAAAGCAAUACCACGUGUACAUACAUUUACGCACAGAGCAAUAACGCGCACACACACACACACACACGCACACACACACACACACACACACACACACACACACGUACAUACACAUACCAUACAUGACAGCUGCCUUGUCCAAUACCUAUCGACUCGUGUCAUGUUUUCCCAUCAGAACAAGCAGCGAUUCCCUUCACGCAGUAUUACUACAUCGUUCUUGCUACACCGCGUCAACCGCCGAUUCAAUUGCUGCUCCUGAAUCUCCAACAAAAAAAUAACCCAAUUGAUGAGAAAGCCAGUAUAAAAAGGAGGAAAGUAAGAAGAGCACAAUAUAGCAAGGGGAAUUGGCCACUUGUUAGGAUGGGUGAGCUGGACGCGUCUUGUUACACUUGGAUCUAAUUAUCUUAACAGUGCAGGGCGAGGGCAAGGUGUCGAGCGUUCAUUACUUUAUCCUGCAGACCAUGUGAGUGGAGGCAAGGCGGUCGUGGUGUUCGUGGUGGUUAGGUAACGUGUAUUCUCGCUUCAUGCUUCAGAACGUGCAGGUGGUGGCGUCAGUUAGAAGAAAGGUAGUCUGUAAUAUUCCAGCCUUCCAUAUAUAAAUACAUAUACAUACAAACAUAUAUAAUAAAAGUACUAAUACAUAUUUAUAUCAUAUAGUAAAGGAGUUCUAGUUAUAUCAUCAUUAUGAAUGGUUAUUGAAAUGCCUUUAGUUGUACGUUCGACAUAAAGGUCAAGGAGAAUCAAGAUGGAAUGGUCUACUGAAUAAAUUAGUUAAAAAGGUUGCCAUAUGUUGACGCAAUGACACACGCAUGUUAUAGUUAUCAUCAUUACGACCGGUUACUGAUACGUCGUUAGCUGUGCAGCAUCAAAGCAAGACUGAAUAACUUUUUGGUAAGUCAGGAAAUGUUUCAAGGUAUCAAUGGAAGGUACGGAGGGCCGAUGUGCGAGGGUGUGGCCGAACACUUGUAGGGGAGAACAGAUCUGGUGUUUUCCUCUCUUUCCUGACUCGUCCCUCUGUGAAGGUACGUGGGGUUCAAGGGGCUGGACUACUACAACAACCAGUCUCUUACAACAUAGCGACUCAACCCAGCGUUUGUAUGUAUUAAUCUGGUUAUGGAUCACAGGAGAGCUUACACUAUAUUCGCGUAACAUCACGUAUACAGUCAAUGCUUAGAAUCCAUUCACAGGCUACUAUAAAUAAGAUUCUAGUAUUCGUAUGCAGAGUGUGUGCUUGUGCUGUGUACAUAUUGAUAUCUAUUGUCUUUGUUAUGUGUACAGUGUUUACAUACAUGUAAGUGUUUGUCAUGUACACGUGUGAGCUUUUGAGACUGUGCCUAUGAUGACGAUGAUGAUGGUUAUAAUGGUGAAUGGGAACGGGAAGGUUAUGGUGAUAGUGAUCGUGAUGGUGAUGGUGAAAGGGGAGGGGAGGCCAAGGAUUAAUUAAAGAAUAUGUAAGAAAUACUUUCAUGAUUUAAAGAUAAUGUAUUGUAGAGAGAGAGAGAGAGAGAGAGAGAGAGAGAGAGAGAGAGAGAGAGAGAGAGAGAGAGAGAGAGAGAGAGAGAGAGAGAGAGAGAGAGAGAGAGAGAGAGAGAGAGAGAGAGAGAGAGAAUCUCCCAACACAUGACAUACAUUAGCAGACACGGGUCAGCCUUCAUUUCAAGAGGUUACUUUUCACCUUCGCUCAGCACAACACUGCUACUUUCACAUGUACGAGCGUUGGUGAGUACGUACAAAAAAAAAAAUCUCCGACAUUUACAUCCGCAGAUAUAUUAUGCACUGAAACCCACCUGUGUAUAAUUUACUCGUUAUUCAAAAUGCAGCUAUGCAGAUGUGUCUAUUAUUUACUUCUCCACUUGUUAUAAUUCAGUCUAGUUUCGACACACUGGGUGGCGACUCUCCCUUUCCCUGCGUGACGGCUACAGCGGUGGCAGCGGUUGCAAUAAGAAUGCGGAACAGACAAAUGAGUGUCCUCCACUCUGCACAAGUGUUAAGCAGCCUGUAUAAGUUCCUGAACAUAACAAAUAAACAUUGAGAGAGUGUGAGAGAGAGAAAGGAAAUGUUUACAUGUUAGCGUUUUACAAAUUUAUCGGAAAAAAAAAGAUUUACUCUAAACAUAUAUUACCUCGCUUGAAUGUUGUUCCAUUUGGUAACGAGUAUGAGAAUAGCAUUUCAUAUGAAGUUUAAAGGUAUAUUAUAUUCCGAGGCAUUCGAUAUUAUUAUGUUGUAGAGUAUUUUGAUAAAUAAAAAAAAGGAAUUGUUCUUUUUUCAAGGAGAUCCAUACAAUGCCAUGAGUCCCUGCUUGUCUAAUUAACACGAGGCCCUCCCGGGGACACCUAAGCCAGCCCCUCCCCGCCCUGUGUUACCUGAUGUCGCCGCCAGCCCGCCUCCCUCCCGGCCCGCCGCUCCCCGCCCACCGACGGGUUCGUGCCGGCGGACAGGUGGGCUGGGGCUCUCUCUCUGUGUAACAUUAUUGCAACUAAUAAAGCUUAUUGUAUAUUAAGUAA